GUGAGCAGAGGUCCAACCCCGAGCCGAAGAGACGAGGAGAGAAUCCCACUCCCACUAGUGAGUAGUGACUAGGGCCACGGAGGAGAGGACAGCUGAGCUUCCACCUGCAAGCUGCAAGAGUUGGGCUGAGAGGGAGGAGGAAGAAGAAGAAUUCCGGAGGAGAGAGACGAACCAACCAACCAGAAGGGAAGGGGAUCCGUUGUUUCAUCAUCUUGGCAGGCCGGGCUUUCUUGCUCUGCUGCAGUUGAGUUCCCUCAAACAGCUGCUGCCGCAGUUGAGUUGAGGAGGCUUUCUUCCACCUCUCGCCAUCUUUCCCUUCCCUGCCCCGAGUUGGAAUCUUCCCUCAUCUUGGAUAGAUUAGAUUAGACUGCUCCUCCUGAAGAAAAGGAAAAGGAAAUUGAAAUCGAAUGCGUCGCCACCACUCCAUCCCACUCCACUGAUGGAUCCUGCAUGCCCAAAUCCCUUCCCCCCCCCCCUCCACUCCACUCCAUUGCAGCAGCAGCGCCGCUCGUACCCUCCUCCUCCUCCUCUUCUGAUUGGUUCGGUGGACCUCGUCUCCACUGAAGCAAGUUUUUAGCUUGCUUUGCAGUUGCUUGCUUCUUACCAUUCUGAUUGAUUGAUUUUGCUUCCACAAGUCAAGUCCGCCUUAAAGGUGGAGUCUUGCAAUCCAAUCUCUCUUCUUCCAUCGGUGAAGCAAGCAAGCAAAACUCCCAUUUUGAUUGGAUUGGGUUGGAUUUUGGCCAUGGCCCAGACGACGACAAGGACAAGCAGGUAAUGGCUGCUGCUGCCCCCCCCACCGCCUCCUCCCCGGCGCCGCAGCCCAUUGCCACGCCCACCGACACCUCUGCCACUCCACCGCCCCUCUCCUCGCCGCCGCCCACUGCUCCCCCACCCUCCUCCCGUCUGCUCACCCCUCCAACCCCCCUGGUUGCUGCCUCGCCGCCGCCCACCCCACCGCAGACUCUUGCUCCUCCUCCUCCGAGGCCUUUGCCUUCGCCUUCGCCUUCGCCGCCGGUGCUCGCGCCCCCUCCCACACCCCCGCCGUCAGCCCCACCAAAGCCAAGGACGCCGGCUGCGCAUCCGCCUCUGUCCCCGGCGCCUGCUGCAUCACCUCCGACCAAUGAUGCUUCUCCGGCCGUCGUGCCAUCAGCACCGAAUCAUCACAAGCCUUUGCCCACGCCUGCCACGGCAGCUGAUCCGGCCCACCCGAGCUCGGGCAGGAACCCAAGUUCCAACAAGUCCUUGAGCCCCAGUGCACGCUCCGCCUCAGCCUCCGCCUCCUUGGGCGGGCUUAGUGCUGGUGCCAUCAUAGCCAUCGGUGCAGUGCUUGCCGUUCUUGUGCUUAGUUUGAUAGCAGCUGCUGUUUUGUACACCAACAAGAGUAGGAGGAAGAGGGAAAGAAAUGCUUACCGUGCUGGAUUCAUGUCGCCUGCCCCGCCUUUUUCCUCUCAGCAACCUUCAGGUGACUCAGCAAAUGUAGGAUCCUCAGUUGAUCCUUCUGUACAAACCAGCUAUAGUGCCGGGACUCCCAGACUGCAAGCAUGCGUGUCUGAUAUUAGCAUGGGCAAUUCCAGGUUAUUCACAUAUGAGGAACUCUAUCAGAUUACUGAUGGCUUCUCGGCUCAGAAACUGCUUGGGGAAGGAGGCUUUGGAUCGGUAUACAAGGGCCGCCUGCCUGAUGGUAAAGAGGUGGCUGUGAAGCAACUAAAAGAUGGUGGUGGACAAGGAGAACGUGAGUUCCAGGCUGAAGUGGAGAUAAUUUGUCGUGUGCAUCACCGUCAUUUGGUUUCUCUUGUGGGAUAUUGCAUUUCCAAUAACCAAAGAUUACUUGUCUAUGAUUUCGUGCCUAAUAGCACCCUAUAUUAUCACCUUCACGGACAGGGAAUGCCUGUUUUAGAAUGGUCUGCCAGGAUUAAAAUUGCUUCUGGUGCUGCUCGUGGAAUAGCAUACCUACAUGAAGAUUGCCAUCCAAGGAUAAUCCAUCGAGACAUCAAGUCCUCAAACAUUUUGUUGGAUAACAACUUCGAGGCAAAGGUGGCUGAUUUUGGUCUUGCGAGGCUGGCUUUGGAUGCCGUAACACAUGUAACUACCCGUGUUAUGGGGACAUUUGGGUACAUGGCUCCGGAGUAUGCAUCAAGUGGCAAAUUGACUGAGAGAUCGGAUAUAUUCUCUUUUGGUGUUGUUCUCUUAGAGCUUAUUACUGGCCGAAAACCUGUUGAUGCGUCGAGACCUUUGGGUGACGAGAGCCUUGUCGAGUGGGCUAGGCCAUUGCUUUCUCGAGCUCUUGACACAGGCUAUUUGGAAGGGUUGAUUGACCCCAGGCUUGAGAACAACUUCAAUGAGGUCGAGAUGUUCCGUAUGAUUGAGGCUGCUGCAGCUUGCAUUCGACACUCGGCAUCAAGGAGGCCCAGAAUGAGCCAGGUGGUGCGAGCUCUUCAUAGCUUAGCCGACAUUGAUCUAACAAAUGGUGUUCAGCCUGGGCAAAGCGAACUUUUCAACAUUGCCAACACCGCAGAGAUAAGGAUGUUCCAGCGGAUGGUGGCCGGUGCGCAAGAUGACAGCUCCGACUUGAGCCAAUACAGUUGGAGCAGUCGUGGUAGAGGAGGUAGUGACGCGGCCUCAAGUUCCAGGAUCUUGUGAUCAUCGACUGCAUCUGCUUCAUUGCUUGCUUUCUGACUAUGUACUUAGUCAUCAUUCUACAAAAUUAUUACUAACCGAUCGAGUUGGUUGUAUCGAAUGAGUGUCUCUCCUGGUUUCCUUACCUUAUUCUUUAGGAAAGUGAUUUGUUUUGUGUAGAUUACACAGAUGAGAUCGUGUUGUUUGGGUCCUUGUAGCCCUCCUGCCCCUUCUCUUGUUUUGUUGGGUUGGCUCGUCUAUGACACAGAGCCUUCAGCUAUGAAUUUCAUGCUGAAUAGUCCUCGUGUUUUUUUUCCUUGGGUUCUCUACUGUAUGAAUUAGCUUAUACAUGAAGAGUUUUGAUUGAGACACCGAAAGAAGGUAAAGACUUGGAAAACAUUGAAACACAUGGCAGGCAUCCUUUGAAGUUGUAGACCUGGUUAGUUGUUUUGGUGGACCCAGACAUGGAAGUUCAAGUUCUAGUCUAGUGACUUAUUCAACUCGUCUUCCUUUCCCGUCC